GUACCAGCAUAUCCUGCAUAGAAACCUCAUUUAUUUAGCUACAAUUGCUGAUGCGAUGCCCCCCAGCACGCAGAAGACUGCAGACUGA